UCAUUAGUCCCACGAUACGAAUAUAUACUCCCUGUCCUAUUCACGGUGGCUACAACAUACGAACAACGAGGGCUCUCGAUCGGUCUUAGGACAUACACCCUUCUUGAACGAUUCAGGAAUUUCUAUACCGCCUAUAUCCGAUCCCGCGCUCGUGGGCGACCUUCCAAAUACGGACCCAACUCUGUCGGAUACACUCAGCCAGCGACCUUCCAGUUCGGCAUCCAGCUCGCACCGGGCCUCCAAUCGAAGUCGCCAUAAGGGAAGGUGGCGGAACAGACGGGCAGCGGUGCCAUCCGGACCUCCAUGUCCGGGGGAGAGGAUAACAAAGCGAGCGUCGGCCUCCAGAUACUGCAACAGCCCGCCGACCCCAAUGCCAACAAGUCCCGGCGGGUGCGGACGGGCUGCUUGACCUGUCGCGAACGGCACCUCAAAUGUGACGAGACAAUUCCGAUCUGUCUCAACUGCAAGAAGAGUCAACGACAAUGCAAGUACGGGGUGAAGUUGAACUUCAUCGACACAAGCGUAUCGGCGCCACCAAUCGUCGCAAACGCCCACGAUUGGACUGUUAGCUUCGUCGACGAGAGCCGACUGAUCGCAAGCGAGUAUAAAGGCGGGGAAGGGAGAUAUGCGCCUCUGGAAGACAAGAAGCGCCUCGUACCGAAUGUCGACUCAGAGAUAUCCUUCCAAUACUCGGUUACAGCCCCCCCGCCUGUGCCGGUGCUCGAGCACAGUGCUUUGCCGCCGAUGAUGCUCCCCGAAACCUAUCCCGACGACACAUCUGGAGUGAUGUUUGAGCGAAGGGAUGGGCAACACGGACACGGUCACAGUCAUACACAUUCGAUAGCGGAUUCGGCGUACGGGGGCUCUACGGGAGGUGUCGCUUCAUCAUAUAGCGCGCAUGACCCCAACCCGAGCGCCGAGGGAAGGAGAGAUUAUCUGAACACUCAAGAGGAAGUCCUUUUUAUGCAGGUGUUCGUCGAGGAGGUCGGAAUCUGGAUGGACAGUAUGGAUCCUCACAAACACUUCUCGCGGUUGCUCCCUUUCCACGCAUUAUCAGAACCAAUGCUUCUAAACGCCUUUCUUGCCUGCGGUGCACGGCACCUUUCCCUGGUAAAUGAGAAAUAUAACGAAGACAAAGCCCUUUCUUAUUAUGACACUGCCACCCGCUACCUUCUAAAUGCGCUGCAAAACCCCGCUCGCGAUGUGGUAAUCUGUGCCACCACCGCCGUCAUUCUAAACGUUUACGAGAUCAUGUGCGAGCGAGCUUUGCAGCGGAUGAAUCACAUCGCCGGAGCCCGUGCCCUGAUCAAAGAGUGCGGAUGGAAUGCACGGUCGACCGGCAUCGGCGCCGCCUGCUUCUGGCUCAAUGUCGGCAUGGAAUUGCUCUCCUGUCUCCAUUUCAACUGGCAAGUUGCCUGGGAUCCGGACGACUGGGGUGUCGACAUGGAUUUCUCCCACGAGAAUCCCGUCAACACCGACCAAGGACGCGAAGAGCUGUGGACGUACCGAAUCAUGUACAUCAUCGGGAAAACCGCCAAUUUCCGCGCCACGAUCCCACGGAAAGCGGAAGCGUCGCCGAGUGACGAGCAAAUGCGGACGCAGAGGCGGUAUGCGGAAUGGGAGCGACUAAGGGAUUGGGCAGAGGGCUGGAACAAGAGCGUCCCGCGGAGCAUGCAUCCAAUGGGAUACCUCUAUCCAUAUCAGACCAUGGCUCAGAGCGUCUUCCCCGAGGUGUGGCUGAUCAAGCGAACAGCGAUCGUGGCGAGGCUGUUCUAUCAUACGACGAUGUUAUUAUUGGGACAGGUGAACCCCCUGGUCCUCGCGAAUUCUGCGAGUCCGCAGGAAUUGGAGGAUAUGCACAACAUGGUGCGACAGCACAGCGUAAUGAUCUGCGGCAUAACUGCGCAUGUCAAAGAUCGCGGCGUCGCUUCCGUCGGUCUCCGCUCCCUCGCCAUCGCCGCCGAAACCCUCACCGACCGCCGCGAACAAGAAGAAGUCCUCCACAUCUUCGACCGCAUCCGCCAAGAAACCGGCUGGCGCAUCGGCUUCGUGCAGAAGGAACUACGCGAGAAAUGGGCCUGGGACGAACCCCUCCACCUCGCCGCCGAAAUCAUGCCCACCCCGCCCUCCAUGCAGCCGUUCAAUUCGCAUUCCAUGAGCGCCCUCGGCGCACAGCCGACGAGCGUCCCCAGCGCCGCUCCGUUGCCGACGAGGGGGCAUAGUCCCGGAAGACCGCUUGGUGCGGUGCCGGUGACAAGCGCACCGGCUCCAGCGCCGCCGCCCGCGCAGGCGAGGAGGAAGCCGCCGAGUGGGAUCUUGAAUCCGCUGCUGGCGACGGCGGAUUUCAGCCUAGCGCAGCAUCCGUAUCAGUCGGUGUAUGUCCCGGCGAUCACGAUGCCGGGGCAACCGGGUGGGGCGACGCUGGGACACGGGCUCACCCAUGGACCGGUGCCGCCGUUUGCAUUUGAUCGGGCGGGUGGAGGGUGGGAUCGGGUGUUGUGAGGGCGAUGUGGAUGGGAUUUAUAUAUCAAGAGGAGGUUUUGUCAUUAUCAUCUACUUCUUUCUCCUUUCACUGUGGUUGCAUCUUCCACCUUUUUCCAUGUUUUUGUUCCGAGGAUGAUUUGACGAGUGAUGAAUUUUCUUCAACGCUGUUAAAAUAUAGCUUGCAAAAGAGACGGGUG